UGCCAUUGCAUCCUCUCCUCCUCCUCCUCCGCAUUGCUGCACAAGGAAGAAGAACAGGAGCUCUUGUCUCUCUCUCUCUCUCUCUGCUCUGCUCUUCUCCGAUGGCGAAUUCGGCGUCAGGGCUGGCGGUGAACGACGAGUGCAAGUUCAAGUUCCGGGAGCUGAAGGCGCGGAGGGGGUUCAGGUUCAUCGUGUUCAAGAUCGACGACAAGGCCAUGGAGAUCAAGGUGGAGAGGCUCGGGGAGACCGCCGAGGGCUACGAGGACUUCGCCGCCUCCCUCCCCGCCGACGAGUGCCGCUACGCCGUCUACGACCUCGACUUCGUCACCGACGAGAACUGCCAGAAGAGCAAGAUCUUCUUCUUCUCCUGGUCGCCUGACACGGCGAGGACAAGGAGCAAGAUGCUGUACGCGAGCUCAAAGGACAGGUUCAGGAGGGAGCUGGACGGGAUCCAGUGCGAGAUUCAGGCCACUGACCCCAGCGAGAUGAGCCUCGACAUCAUCAGAGCCAGAGCUCACUGAUCGAUCUAUCGGACAGCGCCAACACCCACCGCCUUGUUAUUUCCGACCGACGUCACAUCUUAUUCGCCUCAGAACCGUCCAUGCAUAUAUAUACCAUAUACAUAUAUAUAUAUAUAUAUAUAUAUGCACAUUGAUUAAUAUACCACAUUCAUUUAUUUUUGGAGUUUUCUGUUCGCUUAAUUUACCCUACAUUUUGAUCCUCGCAACAAGGGAAAACAAACUACCAUUUUGAUCGACUAUACAUACGUUAUUCCGACGUGUGUGUCAUCCAAGAGUAUACUUUAUGGCAAUCCGUUAAUACCAAUCUUUUUUUUUCUUCUUAUACCUUUCCUGCUUUUCAUUUCUGUAAUUUGUAAUUUGUAAUUUGUAUUGAUGCAAUUUGCUGGCAAGAAGAAUACACUUCUUUUAUUCAUGUAUUAAGAAACAACAAAUCCUUCCGUUACA